UUUCCUGAGUCAUUCUCCUUCGGUUCAAAUCCAAAAGGAGAUAUUUCUCAUCCGUGCUUGUUUUUUAUACUAAUCGUAAUCUAUGAAAUCAUUAUGGAGUGUUCCGUGUCAAAUCUAGACGUGUGUAAUUUGGCGUACACCGGGCAACUGGAGGAGUUGAAACGAUGUCUCCAGUCAGACAGCACUCUUGCGUUCAAAAGGGACCAGGACCACAGGACUGCUCUCCACUGGGCUUGUUCAGCUGGCCACACCACGGUUGCUGACUUUCUUCUGGCUCUCGGAGUCGAUGUGAAUCUGCAGGAUGAUGCUCUGUGGACCCCACUGCACAUCGCAGCAUCAGCCGGCAGAGACGACAUAGUCCGGGCUCUCAUAUCCAAAGGGGCUCAGCUGAACUCAAUAAACCAGAACGGCUGCACCCCUCUCCAUUAUGCUGCGUCCAAGAAUAGAUAUGAGAUCGCCUUGAUGCUGCUUGAAAAUGGUGCCGACCCGAAUGCCACGGACAAACUGGCUUCCACUCCGCUUCACAGGGCAUGUGCCAAAGGCAACUACCGCCUCAUCCAACUGCUCCUGAAGCAGAGCGCCUCCACCAACAUCCAGGACUCACAAGGCAACACUCCAUUACACCUGGCGUGUGACGAGGAGCGCGUUGAAGCGGCCAAGUUGCUGGUGGAACACGGCGCGAGUAUCUACAUCGACAACAAAGAAAAGAAGACCCCCGUCCAGAUCGCAAAAGGGGGUCUUGGGGUUAUACUUCAGCGGAUGGUGGAAGGUUGAAGCUUUUCACAGACUUUCUUGUUCGGUCCACGUUUGCAACUUUGCCAAGUUGGAUCUUCAGACUGGUAAAACAUGUUGAUGCUCAGAGAGCGACGUGGUGCUGCGGAGUGUGAGCUUUGUUUUCAGUAGUUUUCAAAGGGAUCUCAGAGGCGGACAAACUAAAAGGGCCCUCCUGGAAUUUACAUUAUGAGCUUUGACUGUUGCAGUGCACUAUGGGCGUGUUUUUGCUAGUCCCCAAAAAACAAUACAGUUUUGUCACGGACGUGUGUAACUAUAGAGCCUUUGACAUGCCUGAGUGCUACCCUUGGUGCAUUCCAUUUUGUAUGUGAUCUGAAAGUAUGGAUGAAUUACAGAAGUCACCCCUAAAACAAACCACAUGAAAAGGGUGACUAUUGGGUCUGAACAUCCUGAGCACAAAGUUCCAUGGAAUAUGAUGUUAAGCUCGGCUGGGGAGUGUCCAAAUUAUUACAUAAUCAACAGUUGUCAUGCACAUUAAUCAUGUUUAUUGCCUCCAUUAAGCAAACAAUAUUGGAGUGUGCAUUCACAUUAGGUGUUCCAACUAGCUUUCAUUGACAAGAAUAAAAGACCCUGAAAACAGUCAUCACCUCACU